ACUAGGGUUUUUUGUCAUUUCUCUCAGACAAAACAUCAAACAUCUGGCGUGCGUGUGACGGCCUAACACAUGCCCUCCAGUCACCGGGAAACUCCUCUUUCCGUCAAAGAAUCGAGCAUGGAGGGAGGAAGCGGCAGCGUCGCUGGGACUCUCCAUGCAUGUGACGAGCCAAUUCUGCGCUGCCCCGUCGAGACCACCGCCGACGCCGGAGCAAAUAACCUCAGUGACGCGCAAAACCUGCACUUGUCCGUGGACGAGCCAGCAGCCAAACGGCAAAAAAACGACGAGAAUCAGAAUGCGGACCGACAAAUUGAGGUUGCUAGGGCUUCCCCUUCAGCUAGUCAUUCAGGUUCUAACGGUGGGGAACUCGAUUCUGCUACGAAUCAUAAAUCUGGUGGUGAUUUGGGAGAGAAGGAUGCGAAUGGGGUUAAUGUGGCAGUAAUUGGGGAACUAGAGCAAAAAAAGGAGUUAGGGAAUAGUAAUAGAGAGAUGAAGGAGACUGAGAAUAAGUGGCCAAUGUUUAGUGAUAUUGUUGGUGGGUUGUGCAUUUUAGAUAAUUUGAAAGACGAGGUGAUUGCGCCGAUGCUCCAGUUGAAGCUAUUGCGGCACUUUGGAGGCGAACCUAUGAACGCAAUUCUGUUGCACGGCCCACCGGGCUGUGGGAAAACCAUGUUGGCUCGAGCCAUUGGCAAUGAGGCCCGGGUGCCAUUCUAUGAAGCAUCUGCUGUUGCGUUGAAGUCUGGAGCUUCAGGUAUCCUAGAGUUGUUCUCCAGAGCAUACAAGAACGCACCAUCUAUUGUGUUCAUUGAUGAAAUUGAUGCAUUGACAUCAGAAACAGAAAGUUUGCGCCAUCAAUGCCCAGUGAAACAGUUGAUUGCUUGCAUGAAGAAAGCUGUGAAUGAUGGUUCUGAUUCUGAAAUAACUAAUAGUGGACCUGGUGGCUAUGUGCUGACAAUUGGAGCAACCAAUAAGCCUAAUGCUCUUGACCUUGCCUUAAGACGGCGGUUUGAUCGUGAAUUUAUUUUAGAUGUUCCAGACAACAAUGAACGUCAUUGGAUACUAAAAGUUCUAACACGUAAUAAUAAGGUUGAAGGUUGUCUUGAUCUUUCAGAGUUAGCUAGGUGGACUCAGGGUUUUGUAGCAGGAGAUUUGGUAGAACUAUUAAAUAAGGCUCGUAUGAUUGCUUUUAAUGAUGCCAUUACAUAUAGAGCUGACAAAAAGAGUUUUAACGAUGGGUAUGAAGCUAAUAGAAAACCAUUUUCAGAUGAAGAAUUGGAGAAACUCAGUUUAACCAUGUGGGACUUUGAGCAAGCUAUUGAGACGGUUUGGCCUUCUGCUGAAAUGGAAGAUUUUUCCCUCACACCAUAUUUAAACUGGGAUGAUGUUGGAGGCCUUCAAUUGUUGAAAUUGGAAUUUGAACGGCGCAUAGUUAAGCGUAUAAAGUAUCCCCAAGUUUAUGAGUCUCUUGGGGAAAUUGGGGUGAAGAACUUUCCAACCUCCUUUUUCCUUUAUGGUCCUCAUGGUUGUGGCAAGGCAUUGGUUGUCGAGGCUUUGGCUAAAGAAGCAGGAGCAAAAUUCAUGCAUAUCCAGGGCACUGAACUAUUGAAGUUUGGGUCAUGGAGCAGAUUGAUGGUGGCAAAUAUUUUUCAAUGUGCAAAACUUCACUCUCCAUGUAUAGUUUUCUUUGAUGAGUUGGAGUUAUUUGACCUAGAUGCUGUCGACGAAUAUCCAGAGGACGAAGAUUUAUGGAAGUCGGAGGCAUAUAAUGAGGUGGGGAUCGAAGUUUAUGAAUUAAAAAACGAGUCACGUGUUUAUGUGAUUGUUUCAUCAAGUAGGGUAGAGAUUUUGGAUCAUCUCCCGCUCAUCAAAAAAGACUUUGAUAGGACUUUGUAUGCUCCUCUUCCUACUCCAGAAGAAAGAGGAGAGAUAUUGAAAGCUCUAGCUCUACACAAGCCAAUAGAUGCUGAAGUGGAUCUGGCGGCUCUAGGAAAACACGAUGCUUGUAACAAUUUCAGUGGCGCUGAUCUAUUUAAUUUGGUGACAUUAGCUUCUCUGUUUGCCAUUGAACGACCGUCAUUGUCCUGUGGGGGUAGCAUGACCAUCAAAAACGAAGAUUUCGACGAAGUGUUCUACAAAAUCGCCCCUUCUCUCUCGGCCGAGGAAAUCCAGAAAUGGGCGCUACACGCGGAGACAAUUGAUGUUGUUCGCGGCUUAUCCGUGACGCAGUGGUAGACUUAUGUUUAACUUAUUUGCUUCAAUGUAUGGGUGAAUGAUGUGAGUUUUGUUCCGGUCUUCUUAGGUUUAUUCAUCAAUUUAAAGUUAAUCUCAUUUUACAAGUA